GAACGAAAACAUUUGCAGUGCUGCACACACACACACACACACACACACACACACACACUGCAUUGUCACACACACACACACACACACACAGAGGGACGGAAUGGCGAGUUUUGGGAAGCUGAUUAGCCGGAAGGAUGGACGCCGCAGUGGGAGCUACUGCUGUAGUGCAGCUGAGGCCAGGUCGUUGGAGCGGCGUCUGCAGAGACCCCUGCUGGCCAAGUCCAGAACGUUACCCAGCAUCCCUCAGUCCCCCCUGGUGGGCCGUAUGCACCCUGGCUGUCAGGACGCUCAGCCCCGCCCCCACCUGCCCUCCAGCCCCGCCCACCACAGUGGCUGCACGCUGCCCCCUGCAGACGAUGCAUGGCGAUUGGAGGAUGAUAACGAGGGGGUGGAGCAUGCGGCAGACUCGGACAUUAAGCUCCGCCCACACCCGCCGCCUCCCUUCUCCCAGCUGCAGCGCCGCGCGGCGUACCUGAGGAAGAGCGCCUCCGUGGACAGCCACCUGGGCGUGUCCAAAUCUGACCCCGCCCACACAGAGGGGCGUGGCUCACGUAACGGGAAGGGGAAACUGAGGAGGAAGUUUAGUCUGGGUUCUGCAGACAGGAAGGAGGCGAGACAGAGAAGGUUGGAUUCGGGGAUCGUUCGGUUGACCCAGCGUCUCUCUCUGAAGGACAGAAAACAGGAGAGAAGUUCCUACAGGAGACGCUCGCUCAGCGUGGACUGGUAA